AUGGCUACUAGUAAGCCUGCCAAUGUCGUACCUGGUAGUGUUGGGGGAGACUCGUCACCAGAUCUAGCACAUCAGGAAAGGGGAUCUGAAAUAUCCCGGUCUAUUAACACUCUCGCGGGGCGAGGCGAAACACAUCUCUGUGUCGAUGUACCGGAACCAUUAUGCUGGAGCGAUGAAUUGGAGGACAAUGGAUUUGACGCUUGGAUCUAUAGCACUCAUGAGCCUAAAUUGCAUCUCAGCAAAAUUAACACGAAUGUCCUUGGCCUUGUCGUCUGCGCCGGUGACUGCUACACGUAUGGUAUACACGUGUUUCAAGGGCUGACGGCAGAGUUUGAGACCUUUGUCUCGCUGGUGAAGACCCGUGUCGAGGGCAUCCCUCAUUACUGGCAAUAUUUUCCCUUGGCUCCUGGUGAGGCAUUCAGUAACGCCUGGGUGCGCGUUAGAGCAUGGCGACCUGAAGAGGCCAAAGCCAUAAACCUUGGUCUUGAAACAACCCGCGGUCGCAAAACACUCUUCGGAUCACACUGGAAUAAUCUCUACCACGGAAGCCAAUUCAGGCCUCUUGUCAAACAGCAUGAUGGCCUCAUCACAGGCAUUUGGGACAACACACGGGACCAACAGCCAUGGGUGACUGUAAUCGGUGUCACAUGCGACCCUUCUCGCUCCCAUGAGCGCAGCGCACAGGAUAUGAAUCUGGAGAUCAAACAGCCAGAUUACGAACCCCCUCGCGGUUACCCAAUGAAUACGGAUCUGGACAUCUGGGACUCCUGGCAGUUGACACGCGCGCGGGCCCAAGGGAUUGUUCGCAUAACAGCGAGCAGGUCCCGGGAACCCGAACCACCGCGCGUGUGGGGGUUGCUGCUUGAGUAUGAGGAUGGUGGCAUCGAGUCGCUCGGCCAGUUUCGGUGGGAUUGCGAUACAACAACAUCUUUCGAGGGCUCGAAUGUCUGGCUGAAGAGUUCGUUUAUAAAAACGAGUACGGGGAGGGUUGGAGAGGUGCUCGGGUAUGUGGAAUGCUUUACAGAUAUUUGUGGACCGGAAGGACCAGGGCCUGGCUGGCAGCACCUGCAGGAUGAAUGGUAUUCUCUUUGGCAAAGCCAUAUCUCUUUCAGAAUUUGGUGGAUUGGGAUGCGUGGGGACGAGUGGAACUGGGAUUAG